UUUCAUUUUAGGGCGCGAGCAGAGAGAGCGAGCGGAAGAGGGCGAUGGAGGAGAUAGAGGUAGUGUGUGGAAAUCGAGGGCUGAGGAAGACAUCGCGAGCUGUGAGGAGGUCCCAAAGGUGUGUGCCCACCUCCAUCUGUGGUGCUACUGGCACCGCCGCCUUCCACUCCCCCCCGGCCUCUGCGCCGCCCACCAAUUCUUCUGGGGACAGGAGACAACGGCGUAGACAGCACAGAUUGAGUCGCGUCUUUCAUGCUCGUUUGUGCGCUUAGAGAGGAAUUUUUCUUUCUUUCUUCUACGUUAUAGGUUCUUAGGGAUUUCUGGCGAUCAAGACGACGAGAUGGGGAAGAGCAGGAAUCGCAAGGGUGGUGUAAAGUUCGUGGACGACUCGGAUGACGAUACGUUUAGUAGCACCUCGUCGAUGGGAGCAUCGGGGUCUUCGGAGCCGACGAUGGCUCAGGAGGCGGAGAAGGAGGUGGACGAGGACAGUGUUUUAGAUGAUUAUGUCGAUUCUUUAUACGAGAAGAGAUCAAGCACCCGAGAGGCAGGCUUGAAGGGGCUGCUCAACUCAUUUAGUACAAGAGUCAUGACGGACUAUGUUGAAAAUAAGUACGCGACGCUCGCACAUCAGUUCCUGUCCUCCGUGAGGCGUGGAUCAUCUGCUGAGAUUGUUCUUGCGAGUCGUGCUCUAGGGAUGCUUUCCAUAACCGCUGGGGCCGGGGAGGUGUCGGAGCACGUCUUUAAGGAGUCACUUCCCCACCUCGCAAGGCUUUCGAAACUCGGCUCCACGCCAGCAGCAAGAGUUUCGGCCAUUGAAGCGCUUGCGAUUUUGGCAUUUAUUGGAGGCGUGGACGUCGCGUCGACGGAAACCGCAAUGGAAACUUUCUGGCAGAUCCUUUCUCACAAAGGAACCGUUCACGCAGAUCAGACACUUGGCACAAAUAAACCAACGCCGCAAGUAAAGGCGGCGGCUAUUUCCGCUUGGACGUUGCUUCUUACAACGUUGAGUUCGGACAAGAUCGCGCUUCAGCUAUCCUCGAACGGCUCGGUUCUUUCUUCGUUAUUGGACGUUCAAGAUUUGGGAGUCCGCAAGGCUACCGGAGAGGCUGUUGCUCUUCUCUGCGAGAUCGGGAAUGAUCUCGACAGCAUGGGAAUGACUGAAAUGCAAGUUGUGGAGCAAAUGAAAGCGCUUGCGAUCGAUUCUAGCAGGCAGCAGGGUCAGACAAAGAAAGAAAGGUCCGAACAAAGGAGCACCUUCAGGGAAAUGCUGGCAACGAUUGAAGAAGGCGUGUGCCCCGAGACAUCUAUAAAGUUCAAACAUGGUGAUGCUCUCAAGGUCAAUACGUGGACCCAAACUGUUCAGCUAAAUGCUUUUCGACGAUUCCUUGCGGAGGGUUUCCAAAAGCAUAUGCAGGAGAACGGCCUUCUGCACGAGAUCUUUGAUUUUGUUCCUCGGGGUGCAAAAGAGCGUACGCAAGGCGCUAAACAGAAAAAACAACACAUGUCCGUGGCAGAUAAGAUGCGAACGCAGCAAAUGAACCGGAAGAGGUCAAUGGCGGAGGCUGGUCGAAGAUUUAUUAACGACGAUAGUGAUUAAAAUUCACAACUGUGACUAAAGUGUGAAAUAAUACAACAGCUAUAUUUUCA